UUGAGAAGAGAAAAUUUAGAUUGAAACGCAGUAGUCUUCGAAAAUUAUUUUGAAAUAUUUUGUACGAGAAAAUAUCUUGAAAAGUCAAUUUGUUCACCUUUUGUUAAGAAUCCAUUAACGUAAAUAAAACUAUCGUCCACCAAAUUUUGGAUAUUUCGAUGAAAUAAUUUUUCAAAUCUAUUUAUCUAGUAUUCCAAAUUAACGUUGAACUCUGGAGAACCUUAAAGUAGCCACACGUGCUAAAUAAAGCUAACGCCAAUGAUAAUAAUAAUCAAAAAUAACUCCUCCUAAAAAGAAAUAUCCCUACAAAACACAUUCUAAAAUAUCCUGAAGAUAAUAUUUCGAAAAACCAAAUAAAUCACAUUAUGGGAGCGCAACAAAGUGAUCGGUGAGGAACCAGUCCACCGCCAAAUCGUGAGUGAUUAUGCUUAGUGUGUACCAGUGACCGCGCUCCAAAGUGCUCGAGCCGCCCAUCACCUGCAAACGAUCUUAUCGUUUAAACCCCGGUUUCCAGUCCCGGCCGAAAUUUUCCGCUCAUUGCCGAACUAUGCGUGGUGCGAGAUGGUGUGUUCUCUGACCAACAAUAACAACAACAAUACAAGUGGUAAGAGCUGCACGGACACGGAGCCCUGCACGGACUUGCAGUCUCGUUCGAGCCCAGAGGCGCAGCCAGGCGAGAACAUGUCGUCGUUGAGCGACGCUCACAGACGGAACAGUCACUUGGAAGGCGACAGAAGUUCGUCUGCGGGUUCAUCUCUGGGCUCGUGUUCGCCGCCUCCUGCAUCCAGCCAUUCGCCACCGCCUCCUAGACCGCCCUGGUUGCACGAUUUUCACGCAGCAGCCGCGCCUCAUGUUCUCCAAUUUUUAAAUCUGAGCGCCGCCGGUGGAAGCAUGUUGGCCAGUCAGCCAUUGGCAGCGUUGCACUCUAUGGCUGAACGAAGUCACCAUCAGCAACAUCAGCAGCACCAGCAGCAACAACAGCAACAACAACAACAACAGGUUCAUCAUCAACAGCAACAACAAGCUGCCGGGAUUCACUUGCCCAGGAUCAGCGUUCCAUUGUCUACGAUCACUCAAGGGCAGGCUUCACCCACUGGAAGUGGAAAACAUAGUCCUGCCACUUCUAUCACCUCCGUCGGAAGCAAUCCGCAUGGCAUCGACACGAUAUUGUCGCGGCCGGCGGCCACGCAUCCUCAGGCGCCUGUGUCCGCCACACAUGCCGCGCUCCAGCCGACGCCGCACCCCCAACACAUGACCGCGCCGAGGUACGGCAUGCACGCGGGAUUCACCGCAUCGUCGGGUAUCGGGCAAUUCCAACAAAGAACGGAGCCACGGCAUCCUGCUGUCUAUUGGCCAGGUCUUCAGGGAUUAGUCAGUGAUCCCCUGGGAUGGCGAGCAAGACUACACACACUGUCGCAACAGCUGGGUUGUCAGCAAACGAUGACAGGCUCCGGUGGAACCGGCGAACACGAGGGCGGCAAGAAGAAACACACCAGGCCGACGUUCAGCGGCCAGCAAAUCUUCGCUCUUGAGAAAACGUUCGAGCAGACGAAAUACCUAGCUGGACCAGAACGUGCUAAAUUGGCCUACGCCCUGGGCAUGUCCGAAUCGCAAGUCAAGGUAUGGUUCCAGAACAGGAGGACAAAAUGGCGGAAAAAGCACGCGGCUGAGAUGGCGACGGCGAAGAGGAGGCAAGAAGAGGUCGAGGGAGUCGUCGCCGAGGGUGAGGAUGGUUGCAGCGACGCAGAGGCCGAGGGAAACAGCGAGACUGCAGCGAAGAGGCUGAGAAGGGAACUCGAGCAACAAUACAGGCAUUAAAACACGUGAACAAAGAAACGAAAUAAGAGAACGAAUCGAAGGACUAGAUUCACUAGGUAGAUUCGUAAGAGGAUGUGAAGGAGUACGUGGCAAAGAGAAUUUUAGAAAAGGAACAUCAAGACACACCGAUCGUUAAACAUUCCCCUUUUCUUUAUUUCUCAUUUUUUCGACGUUCUUCACAAUUGUCAAAAGAAGCUUUAAAGAAAGUUGACUUCACGAGACAUCGGACGAAGAUUUUCAACCGGUCCGAUAAUAAUUCUAGCGUUAAAAUGUUCUACCAAUUGACCUAAAGUAAUUCAAAGAGUAAGUUGCUCCAAAAGAUUAUGGUUUCUUUCAGUUUAAAAUUGUUAGAAAAUUGCUAUAAUAAGAAACGUCCACGUGGUUGUUCUAUGGAAAAGGAAAAAAAGAAAAUGCCUCGAAGCGUUCGUUUCAAUGUGUUAAAUAGAAGAGAAGAAAAUUUGUUAAAAUGUCGAUAUGAACGUGACGCCACCAAGACUGACGAGUUGAAGAAAAAUGACUAUCCAUACGAUGAUCGAAGAACUUGUCAAUUUGUGUGAAAAAGAAGAUAUUCGAAGGCUGAUUUCACCUAACUUAUAAUAUUGUGCCGUUAAAACGUGUUAACUUGUACAGAAGCGUUCGAGGAGGAUGUAUACGACUUUCUAUAUAGAUAUGAAUUUAUUAUAUAAUUGAUGUUAUCAAUUAAUGUAAUUAUUAUUAAAGAACCAAAGAUCGACGCGUAUUAGUUAGAAAGAAUAAUUCGACUAAUUAAUUUUUAUACAAAAGGAAAGAAUUGACGUAAAUAGUUGAAAAGUAAAUUCAACUAAAUGCCUGGUGGUUGUAUUCGAGUAAGAAGGAUCGAUACGUCGAAUUUUCGCAAGAUAAUGAGUUUUAGUGGCACAAUUGGCGAGAUUGCUAUUUUCACAAAUCCAUUUAUCUAAAUGUUUUAAGUUGACGAACCGCUGAGAA